CAACACUGCACGACUCGCGGGGCCCGGGCCCGCAGCCCCCGCCGGGAUCAGUAGCUGCCCGAGGCGCAUUGCCGGUGUCGGAGGGGCUGCGCUGCGCCUCAUGUCGGGGAGAAGAGAUGGCGGCGGCGGCGGCCUCCGCUUGGGCCCCACAAGCGCUGUUACCGCCAGACAGCGGCGGGGAACGCCACGUCCCCACACGGAAACGGCGCCAUGCUGCGCGGGAGCUUCAGGCGGCUCCGGCCAUGCCGGCCUCGGAGAUUCUCCAGCAAGCGUCCCCUAGCAAGAGGCAGAAGAGCUCGGUGACCGGGGAGCCUAUCGCACGGCUGCGCUUCGCUAAGCUGUCCGAGAACGCCACCGCCCCUUCACGGGGCUCCGCUCGGGCCGCGGGCUACGAUUUGUACAGUGCCUAUGACUGUGUGAUACCACCCAUGGAAAAGGCUGUAGUGAAAACAGACCUUCAGAUUGCACUUCCUUCUGGAUGCUAUGGCCGAGUAGCACCUCGUUCUGGCUUAGCUGCAAAGCACUUCAUAGAUGUUGGUGCUGGUGUUAUUGAUGAGGACUACAGGGGAAACGUUGGUGUGGUACUCUUUAACUUUGGCAAGGAGACUUUUGAAGUUAAAAAAGGGGAUAGGAUUGCCCAGCUCAUCUGUGAGCGCAUUUACUAUCCUGAGCUAGAAGAAGUUCAAGCUCUAGAUGAUACAGAACGUGGCGAAGGUGGCUUUGGUUCUACUGGAAAGAACUGAAAAUUACUUGAAUAUACAUAGGUUCUAAAUUUUCAUUUGAAUUGGAAGCUUUAUUCACACUUAUAUUCUGUGUCUGGUUUGUCUGUUUUUACAGACAGUGAAGUCAUCUGCAUUAGGGGGAACUGCAUGACUGACUUGAUUGAGUAGUUCAUGGAUUGUUUUUUUUAUUUUUAGAUGUUUGAUCCUCAGUAAUAACGCAUUGUCUAGGUGUUGAUUAUACUCUAAUAAAAGAAUAACUUCUCAUUUUACUUUUCUGACCUAAAGUAAAAUUGUUGAUUGUAUAAAUCUGAAAGGUAUCUUCUGUGUAGCUCAGUGUUUCAUGCUGAGCCUAUUUCAUACAGAAUGGGUUAUAAUACAGGUAUCAAGGACUUCUCACUCUGACGUCUAAAUCAGAAUAAAGCAAAGAUAUUUAAUGAUGCAUCUUCUACACCCUGUCAAAUUACCUGUGUUUCUGUUCAAAGCUGAAGUUCUGUCUUUGAUCCUUACCUGAUUUACCAAAAUUUUCAGCUCUUUAUCAAAAGAGCAGCCACUGGUGUUUGAGCUGAAUAACACAACUGAUCUAGAAUUAACAUCUAUAUAGUAAAUUAAUGCUAUUAAGUAUGCUGUUUAAAUAUUUGUUGACAAAUUCAUUAAUAAGUUACUGUAUGGAAGAAAGAUCCUGAAUUAUUGAGGCAGUGUGCAAAUUGGGUUUUUUUGUUCUAUUUUGACCAGUAAACACAGAACUGUAUUG